GGGAUCAUCCACCACAGUAACCCACAACUCUACAGAGAACGCAAUAAAAAUAAAUAAAUUUAAAAAAAAAAAAAACAUGUCGGAAGAAGGGGUGGUAGUGUUAAAUUUCUGGCCGAGCAUGUUCGGCGCGAGAGUGACGAUGGCGCUGUCGGAGAAAGGGAUCGAUUUCGAGUACAGAGAAGAAGACGUGUUUGGCAACAAGAGCGACUUGUUGAUCAAAACCAACCCGGUUCACAAGAAAAUCCCGGUUCUCAUCCACGACGGUAAACCGGUUUGCGAAUCCAAGAUCAUCCUCGAAUACAUCGACGAGGCUUGGAAGAACAAGGGCCCUUCUCUCUUCCCUUCUGAUCCUUACCAAAGGUCUCAGGCCAGAUUCUGGACCGACUACAUCGAUGCUAAGGUAUUUGACGCGGGAAGAAGAACAUGGACAAAGAAAGGGAAAGAGAGAGAAGAGGCGAAGAGAGAGUUCGUCGAGACGAUGAAAGUGAUGGAAAGGCAGCUGGGAGAGAACACGUACUUCGGAGGAAACGACGGCGUUUCGGUAGUGGAUUUGGCGUUGAUAUCAUAUUACCCGUGGUUUCACACGUGGCAGACAUUCGGCGGGUUCAGCCUCGAGAAAGAGGCCCCAAAGUUAAUGGGCUGGGCCCAAAAAUGUUUGACCCGACCCGGGAUUUCCAAAUCUCUACCCGACCCGGUUAAGAUCUUGGAACGUGUCUCCACGAUUCGUAGGAUCCACGAGUUCUUCUACGGCGACUGAAAAUGACGUGUAACGGUUCAGUGGACGUGACGUUUUCAAGCCGUGUUGUUUCCGUAAUGUUAAUUCUUAUGAAUAAAAAUCAUGCCUUUGUUGUUGGUUUUUU